CAAUAAAAAUAUAAGAGCGAGAAAUCGAAGUGCGAAUACGUAUGUGUGUUGUUGGUGUACGCCAAUAUUUCCUGAGAUUUCCUAGAGGCAUGCGCAGAGAAGAUACGUCGUAGUAAAUUUCUGUGCACCUAGAACAACUAGGAAUAGGGUAUAAAUUCGUUUGAAACGGAUCAUUGUGUGAAAGUACCUCUAGUUCAACACAAAGAUAAUUUGAACGCCACAAUCACUACUACAGGGAUUCAGUAUCAUAAUAUCAUAAUAUACAACAAUCAAUUACAGCCUAGAGCGUAGAGGUAAGGCUAGCGCCAGUCGUUAGCUGGGUGUUAUAAGGGUGGGUCGUUAAAAUGACCGGAGUGGAUGAAAUCCUGAAUUAUAAAAAAGAUCCUGGCGAUGACUUUUACGGCCUAUUGGGCUGCGAUGAAAGUUCAAGCGUGGAACAAAUAAAUGCUGAAUAUAAGGUGAGGGCUCUCCAGUUUCACCCGGACAAAAAUGAUGGAGAUAAAGAAGCUGAAGCUAAAUUUCAAAAACUGAAGGAGGCAAAAGAAACACUUUGCGAUCCCUCCAAGAGAGCUCUUUAUGACAAAUGGAGGAACAGUGGCAUCUCAAUGGGCUACAAGCAGUGGCUGGGAAUGAAGGAGCACGUCCAGCAAUCCAUGCACUGGUCCAAACCCAACACUAAGGACCGCAUGCUGGAAGAUGAAUCUGGCCGCUCUUCCGGCCCUUCCAGCCUCGGCCCAUCCAACGCUGCAGCUCGUCGCGCCUCUGAAGGGGGUGCUAAUCUUUGGGGACGUUGGGGAGGUGGUAACCAGGAGCCACCGACUGACGUCAUCUCCAAAUUCCGCAAUUAUGAAAUCUAAUUGCAGCAUUUUCAACCAUUUAUUUAUGAGUUACCGCAAUAUUUUAAACUUAAUAUUUUUUGUGAUACUACAACUACCUUGCCUUUUUGAUGUUAUUUUAUUAAAAUCAUUUAUUAUGUUAUUAGGGUAAGCGAUUUUAUUCUCUAAUUAAGAUGAAAUAUUUAUCAAGUCAGCUCAAUGAUAAAGCGUUCUCGAAUGUGACUCGUUAAUAUAUAUUGGUGUUAAAUGUUUUAUUGGAUGUCAAUGUUAGAUGGAACCAUUUACAAAUCUAAAUGUUUAAAUAAGUAGACUUCCUUUAGCUUUAAGCUCUGCACAUUCCUAACAAAUAUGAGUCUGAUUACGACAUUUCAGCUAUAGUACAAUUUAUAUUUUGUAUUCUAAGAAUCUAUUUUAUAUUUCGAGAUUUUAUAUUUUUGAUCCUCUUAUAUCGCUACAAUUUUAUUGUUGUGUAAGUAUAUCGUCCUAUAGAGCGCGGGGAGGGGAUGGUGUGGAUGUAUUGUGAGUUGUGACAACUACAGGGUAACGGAGAAGAUAGGAUGCUAUCGUUUUUUUAUUUACUCAACCAAUGUUUUAUAUUAUACCCGUUUUGUAAUCUCAAUCAAAGUCUAUCAAUGUGUUUCCCCAGUGGUAGAUAUAACUAGAGAUUAAUAUGUGUUUAACAAUUUUAAUCAGUAUUUAUUGAUGUUUUAAAUGUUAUAUCAGUGUUAUUUGAAUAGAGUAGUAAAUUUUAUGUCUACAUGAAUCUCAAUAUGAUAUUGUAAUUCCUUAUUUUCGAUGUAAGACCAUGAUAAUGUGAACAAUAAAGAUUAUAAAAGGA